UAUCAAUUUUGUCAAUCGUGUUUGAGUUUGUGUUUUUUUCGGUGGUCGGUUUGUGACGUUUUUUUUGCGAGUGUUUUCGAAGCUCACGUGUCGCGUGGCCCAAUAUAACGGAAUCAUGAAAUCGUUUCUGAUUCUUCUAGUAUGCGCGGUGUGCGCCUCGGCAUUCCCAGAGCCACCCCGCGGCCGAAUUGUAGUUCCGGCCAAGCAGCUCCAGCUGCCCGAACAAGAAUACGGUCCACCGAAGCAAGAGUACGGCCCCCCAGCGGCCGAAUAUGGCCCACCGGCCCAAGCAUACGGUCCACCUGUAGCCGAGUAUGGUCCACCCCCGGUACAGAAACUGGUCACCAAGAACGUCUACGUUCACGUUCCCCCAGAGGAGCCAGCCGAGAUCAUCAGAAGCCCCGUCCUGGAGGCACCCAUUCCCAAGAAGCACUACAAGAUCAUCUUCAUCAAGGCUCCAGCCCCUCCGGCACCAAUCCAGCAGCAGAUCCCACCCCAGCCACAGGAUGAACACAAGACUCUGGUGUACGUGUUGGUGAAGAAACCUGAGGACCCCGCCCCGAUCGAGAUCCCACAGGCCGAGCCAACCGAACCAAGCAAGCCCGAGGUGUACUUUAUCAAAUACAAGCACAGCGAAAACAAGGAACCAGCCAAAACUUACGGCCCGCCAGCCAACACCUACGGACCCCCAUCCGCACCCUCCGGACCGGCUCGUUUCCAGCAAUUCUAGGCUAUCACACGCAUACAUAAACCACGCAGGCUUUAGGAUGUGACUUAGGGCUAUUGUUACUUGUUACUCGUUGUUUGUUAUAGUCCAAUGGUUAAGAAUAGAUUAGGCGGUGAGAUUGCAUUCCCCCAUGGUAACACCCGUAGCCCGAUUAUAAUCAGAAAUUGUUCCAAGCCCCGUUCCCAUCCCCAAACUCUCCCAAGCAAACAAUGCGUCCCGCAGUCUCACCUCAGGCACUAGAUUUCAUACACAGUAGAUCGAUAUCCUUCCAGGCAAUAUCCUGGGAGAGUACCAGUGUUUUUAACCCCCGGAUCCUACCCCAAAUCCGCCCUCUUCCCCCGGUUGCCGCUUAAUAGAAAGUGUGUAAAUAUUGACUUUUCUAUCGAAACGAUAGAACACUGCCAUACCUCCAUACACCCGUUCCCCAGACCUUCCCGAUAGCAGGGCGGCCACCAGCAGAAUUGAAACGUGACAAAAAGUUGGCAAGGUGCAAGCGACCAAACACCUCUGACACACAUGAGAAGAACUAAACGACUGAGGGCAGAAGAGAAACAGAAACUAGAAGUAUAAUAAAAACGAUUUGUUGAGAGUAAAUAUGGCUUAACGUGUGAGUCUGUGCAUUAGUUCCUUUGUUAUAGUUUCACACUCCCACUAGUUGGACAUAUGA